AUGAGCAAAAAAAUAACUGGCAGAGUUAAACCGCUUUCUUUAAAGUCCACACCUGAAUUCCACCAGCGAUUGAAAACUUUGGCGAGUGAAGAGAAGUGUUUGAUGAUUGAAAUUUUAGAACAAGCCAUGGAACUUUAUGAGAAAGACAGAAAAAAAGCGGAAAAAGAAAAUACUGUGCCACAAAUUUCACAAGCAGAGGUUCCGCAGAGAAGAGUAGAUAAACGACCUUUUAGGGAAAUUCCAAAUGGAGAAACAGAAACUAGGAAAAAAUUAUUAGAAAACAAAAAAAAUCGAAAGAACUUCUUAGAGGCUAUUCUUUGCCAAACUGAUCCUUACACUAAAAAAAGGCAUGCCAAAUUAAACUCUUUUGUAAAUUAUGAUAGAGCAGAAAGAGAAAAACUAAAUAGGCAAAUUCAAAGGUUGGAAAAAGAGAUAGCAGAAUUGGAAGGACUAAUAAAGAAAAGGUGCUAA